GUUCGAUCGGACUUGCACGCACCCCACCGCCGGUGCGUCCAACAGCCAAAGGCUCCCUUGAGAAAAAACCAAACGUGGAAGUCAUGAAGCCGGUCGUGGUCGGCAUCGCCGGGGGCUCGGGCUCGGGGAAGACGACGUUAUCUCGAGCCGUCCUUGAAGCGCUGGGUGGUGCUCAGAGGGUCACGUACAUCUGCCACGACUACUACUACCGGGAUCUUUCCCAUCUCCCCAUCGAGCAACGAGCCAAGACCAACUUCGACCACCCAGACGCGCUCGAAACUUCCUUACUGGUGAAUCAUCUCGAGAUGCUCAAGGCGGGCGGGGCUGCGGACGUUCCUAUGUACGACUUCACCGUCCACUCCCGCAAAGAGGAGACGACGAGGGCUGAGGGCAGGGGAGUGAUCAUCGUGGAAGGGAUCCUGAUUUUCGCUCACGCGGAGCUUCGAGACCUCCUGGACGUCAAGAUCUUCGUAGAUACGGAACCGGACAUCAGAUUCAUUAGGCGAAUGCAGAGAGACAUCGCGGAGAGAAAUCGCACGGCUGACGAGGUCGUCGCGCAGUACCUGGCAACUGUUCGACCUAUGCACGAACUCUUCGUGACGCCGUCCAAGAAAUUUUGCGACAUGAUUGUCCCGGAUGGGUUAAACCCCGUCGUGCUGGAAAUGUUGGUGGCCAAGCUGCGACCUUUCGCGGAACCUGUGGAACCUGGAGUAGAAGCAGCAUCAGGGGGAAAGUAGAGCUAGAGAC